UUCUCUUCCCAAUUCACUUCCGAAGCGCCACCUGCUGUGUAACAAGUUAAAGUAUAAUUUUCAAAUGAAAUUUCUUGGGUUAAAUUGAUAAAACUAUCAAUCAAUCUUACCUUUACAUUAAUUUCGUUGUGUAAACAAAGUCUCAACCAUAAAAUGUCGUUUUUUAACUUCUCUGUAAAGCUCUUUUACAGAGCAAAGAAAAGUAUUCUGCUUGCUGUAUUUAUUUCAAUAUUCGGGUUCAUCUUUUUCACUAUUAUUCCUUCAUGGUCAGCCAACAUGGGACAAGGUUACGAACAACUCACUAACAAAUCGAGGAAAAUGAUUCAAUCAUAUAGAAAAGCCUUAAUUGGCAAUUUAAUGCCUAAAAAUAAUUCCACUUAUAAUCAACGGAAUACGGAAUGUGAUUCAUCUAUUGAUUGGGAUAUGCUCUUAGAUGACAUUACAGUAACAGGUGCUCAACUCGUUCAAUACUUCAUGUGGACUAAUCACUCAUCGUGUCACUUAUCACAUGAUUUUGGUGGUGAGAUGGGGUUUAAUCCAUCGGGAUUGGCAGGACAAAAAGCCGUCUGUAUCGAUCCCAAAAUAGCACCUAAACCUGGAAAAUGUAUUGUUUACUCAUUUGGCAUAGAUAACGAAUGGUCUUUCGAUGAAAAAAUGUCACGUUAUGGCUGUGAGGUAUUUGCCUUCGAUCCGUCCAUGGGAAUGGAUCAUCACGACCACAUUCCUGGUAACGUCCACUUCUAUAAUUGGGGAUUGGGUGACAGGGACGAAAUUGAUCAUCAUAAUAAUUGGACGUACCGUAGUCUUUCUUCAAUCUACGAUGAACUGUCCCACCGCCACGGCAGAAAGAUUAUCGACUACUUAAAAAUUGACAUCGAGUAUUCUGAAUGGCUUGCUUUGCCGGAGGUUAUUGAGUCUGGAAUGUUGUCUUAUGUCCGUCAAUUGGGCAUGGAAAUACACUUAGACAUAUAUGCUUCACUCAAAGUGCAUGUUUAUUGGGCCAAACUUUUGAGAACGAUUGAAAAAAUGGGCAUGGUACGUUUUGAUUCUGAAUACAAUCCAUGGUCUGUGGGAAAUUUUACCAAAUUUCCAUUGGCAGGUUCUUUGGGAUACGAGAUAGCGUGGUAUAACAGCAAUCUUUCACAUGUAAUUAUGCCUUGAAAAUAAAUGUUACUGUUGUUCAAAACUGCAUGAGGGCUAGAUUAUUUUACUUUAAACAAUAAAGCUGCAGCA